AUGCGGGAGCUGGCAGACAGGCCCUCAGCCCUCAGCAGCCCUGCAUGCCCCGGGGAGAAGCGAGGGCCACGGCAGCGCGGGGGUCUCCCAGGCCUGCAGUCUGCUGGCACCCUCUGGGCCAGCACCAUGGCCUCCGUCAGAUGCCUGCAAGCCUGUGAGAGCAGCCCAGAUCCGUGUGCCUGUUCUAAAGCCACACCUCGACUUGAGACCAGCAAGAAGCCGCUCAGCCCGGUGAUCUGGCCCCUGGCGAGACAGCCUGGAAAUGCACCGUGGGAGACGAUGACCGAGCCUGAGGAGCGCGAAGGUCUCCGCAGACUGACUUCAGGGGAGAGGCAUCCGGCCGGCGGGCGUCUAGACUGUGGUGUUUCUGGGAUGCUAGGUGCCCUGGACGCCCCGCCCCCUACCGCCACGGAGGAUGACUCGGCCCCAAGCUUCCAAACUUAUGGGAAGAUCCAUCUGGUUUCGGGAGGGGGCACCCACAUCCAGAGACACUAUGAGAGGAACCGCAACGAGGUUCAGAAACCCAGUGUCUGCUCCCUGGAAGAAAAACGAACCAUGUUAGCUGGGCUGAUUUGGCCUGAACCGCCACAUGGGGGUCAGCGGUACUAUGAUGAGAUAGAAAAAUCCUUCGGCUGGGGGUGCGGAGAAUGGAAGGGCUGCCUUCUGGUCACUCUGUCAGACAUCGGGGAUGACCCCGACUCUCAGCUCCCGCCCAGAAUCCUGGGCGCCUCCUCACAGACCCAGACCCCCAACUCCGUCCCGAGCCAAAUCGGAGCCGUUCCAGGAUUCCCCAACCCGCAGCCGCCCAGGCCUCCCCUCCGCCCCAGCCGCGCCCUGCCCCCGGGGCUUGAGGAGGGGGUGCCAGACCCAGGCCUGAAUAGCGGCGGCAAGCGCCCUUACCUGCGCUAG